CGUUCGCGAUGGCCAAGCACGGACAGGAGUUGCCCCCGCAAGGAGGCCCCAAGGCGAAGCGAGGAAAGGCGACGAAGGCGAAGCAGGAUGUGUGCACCGCGAUGAAGUUCAAGAGCUAUUUGAACUUGUUCGGUGGCCUGCAAUCCGACAGCCGAGAUGCAUGGAUCGACGACUGCAAAACGUGCUUCACGUGCCGCGAAGUCGAGGACGGCGACAACUACAGCCUCGGGUCGACGUUCUUCGUCAAGGCGAGCGAAGCACCAGUCUGUGGCAUGGAAGCCCUGGCCAAGAAGAUCUUUGAUUUGCACACGGACGGCAUGACGUUUGACCCGACCAACUCUGGUGCCGAGUGGUGGUCGCAACAUAUUGACCACCGCGACAACAUUGGCUUUCACUGGGACCGCGACUACGGCAAAGAAGAAGAUGACGAAGUUCACGUCCAUCCUUACUUGGGCACGGUCACGUACCUGUGUGUGAAUGCCGGGCCGACGGUGGUGCUGGACAAGCGUGGAACGUUCGAGUACGGUGCCGACAUCAGCGGGCCCUUGCGGCAGUGUAUUGUGAGUCGCCCAAAGCCUGGCAAGCACAUUACAUUUGACGGCGAGCUUCUCCAUGGCGCUCCUUCCGACUUGGCCUUCCCGCACGUGAACGAAGACGACGACACAAGCGUCCGCGUGACGUUUCUGGUCAACGUGUGGGUGAACCACAUCCCGAUUCAGUCGCAGCGCGUCGAUGCGGACGUGGCGUUGUCGCUGAAACUCUCGAUGGAUGCUGUCGAGUCGCUGGUAUUACAGACAGACACGAUCGAAGCGGCCGCGCUCGAAACCUACGACGCUGCGACGAACCACCACGUGUGUCAUCGGUUUGCCAUCCACAGCGGAGGCGACGACUACAUCAUUCAGUUGUCCUUGCCAGAGCACCUCCAGGGCUGCACGACGGACGCCACGAUCGACUGCAUUCAGUUGAACGCGGACUCGUUUAUCGUGGCUGGCGAAUUAUCCGACUCGUCAGACCAAGACGACGACGAGGCCGAGUCCGAGUGAGGUCUACAACACAUUCCAAAACACACGCAGGACGUACGUACCGGUGAUAUGUAUGAUUCGUGAGUUGCCAUCGGCUGCAUCCAUCGGGCCUCCAACGUGCCACAUCGCUCGCUCUUCAUCGUAACGAGGCGCAUGGUGCCAUUGUCCAUAAAAAAGUCAAACCACAACGACUUCCCGUUAAGGAGUGCCAUGCGUGUUU